GACAGCUGAUCCUGGCGAAUGUUCCGUUAUUUUUGUUAUUUGUGCAACUGAAUUGUUCCGUUGAUAACAGCAUUUCCGGCCAGCAGGACGAACCAUGGACGAGCAGGUGAAGAAUUUGGAAAUCCUGAAACGGAUCAGCGGCGUCGAAAUGAGCAGGCUGUGGCUCCUCCACGACGAAUCUUUCAAGCAGUUCUUCGACUGGUUUGGCCAAUCCGUCGACGAGGAGAAUCUUAUAACCGAAAGUUUGCUGCGAGAGUACACCGAUCUGGAGAACGGCGACCUGGUCCUGUCGGAGGAGGAAGUCCUGACGGAGCUGGACCGCCUAAGUUCCGAGUACCCGAACAUUCUGGACUACGUGGACAGUGACCUGGCGGAGCGCGAGGAGCAGCUGGAGCAGUUGGUGGCCGUCGAAGAGCAGUACGAAAAGUUGAUUGCCGAAGCGAAGCGAACGGAAAGCGCCCUCAUCAAGGAACUGUCCGAGCUGGACAUGAAGCUGAUCGAUGGGCAGUUCCACCAGGGCAGGGUGGCGGCCGAGUGUGGCGAGAAGGCGAGCUUUCUGCAGGACAUUCAGGGCCACACGCAGCAGCAGAUUUUCGACAUGCACCAGUGCUACGUGCAGAAGCAAAACCCGCCGCUCUUCAUCUACCAGAUGCCGAUCGAGCAGUUCAACAUGAAGUGCGACCAGUUUCUCAAGUACCUGGAGAUGUACAUCCGGCGGCACUUUGCCGUGCGGAGGGGCACGGCGGCGGGCGACUCGGAAGAUUCGGACCACGACGAGCCGACGACGGACCAGGACCACCGGGACGUGAUCGUGCAGCUGGAGAGCAUCAAGGCGCGGCUCGAUUUGGCCGAGAUGCGCCUGGUGGACGCACGGAAGGAAUUUUACGGGCUCCGGAAGAUGAUGGAACGCUUCCAGGAUCUGAGCUGGCAGCCGAUGAAGAUCUCGGCGAUGAAGAAACAUUGCGCGGAAUUGAAGAGCAGCAACGAACAGGACAUAUUGCGAAUCGACGUGCUGAAGCAGGAGCUGGAAAUGUACGUUCGGCAGCUGAACGAGCAGAAGAUCGAGUGCAUCCUGUACGAGAACAGCAAGCUCAAGCUGGACCGCGCCAUUAAUCGGCUCGGCUACAUCGAGCGACUUUCGGGAAUCAUUUCUGGGGCGCUGAUGAACGCGGAAAUGUUGUGGAUCUUGAUGCAGCUUGACUUGGAGAAGAUUCGCAACAAGUUCGACAACAGUGACGAGAUGAACUCGGAAGCGCAGCGAUGUUUGAAGCGGAUUGAGAUGUUGAAAGCCGUGGGAAGGACGUCGGCGGACGAGGAAGCUAUGGAGGACUUUGUGGCGCAGUUUGCUUCCAUGAUGGGAGCGAUCAAUUUGAACAGUUCCGGAAAUCGAUCGAUGAGCUUGAGGAACUGCAUUCAGGACUUUGCCGAUUACAAGAAAAGGGUCUUCAAGAAUCUGCAGUCGGUGGUGGGAGGAAAGUUCUACAAGACUUUCGAUGAAGCGAUGAGAGAAUUGAAUCAAACCGAGAAGCAGCUGGAGCGCUACGUCUUCGACGGGCCGGUGAACCGUCCCCAGUUCUUCGAUCAGCAGUACCAGGAGCGCAUCCAGCGGCUCUCCUUCGAGAUGGACCAGAUCGAGAAGCACCUGAAGACGCUCAAGACCGACUACCAGCAGAAUAUCAACGAGCCCAAGAACAACGACAAGUUCUGGCGCUACAACCAGAACCUGUGGGUGUGGUUUCUGACCGAGCCCAAGAAGGUGGCGAUCGCGAUCAAGGAGGUGACGGCUGCGGCGUCUCAGAUGACCGCGUACAAGAGCAUCUCCGGCAUCAAGUGCAAGUCGAUGGCCGACGAGAUGAAGUAUUGAAAAGAUUGUUCGAGUAUUGCCUUAAUAGAUUAAGAUUAAUGAAGAA